ACGCCAUGUUUGAAACCAUUUGAAAUGCACGUGAACCGAAUUCAGCGGAAGAACGAUGAAGAAUAUUGCAGGCUCAAUGCCGCCAUAUUGAAAUUACCUCUUCGAACAGAGGAGACUUCGCAGAUUGUUUUGAAGGAAUACAGACCAAGAAUGCCUCUGCCUCCAGCGCUCCAAGCCCGUCUUGCAAAGAGGGGAAUAAUUCAAAAAGACAGGGAGAAACCAGAUGAACUACCUAAAGUAGAUGGACCAGUGAAGGGCUGUCCAAAUACUUCAAACCCAUAUCACACAUGCGUGGAAUAUUGUCGAAAACGAUAUGGCCAAAACAAUACUUCUGCCCCACCAAAGGACUUCAGCACUGUUCCAUUACCUGUAGGAUGGUAUCUAGUACCAGACCCCAGCAGUGGAGCCAGUUAUUACUGGAACACUCUAACCAACCAAGUUUCUUGGCACCAUCCAUUAGAUCCAGCAGCUGAAAUAACUCUCCCGUCAUCUUUACUCGAAAAGCAAAAAGAAGCUCAAACAGACAUUCAACCUAACAGAGAAAUCCUUGCCCCACCCGGGGUGGACACGGAACAAGAUAAAGAACAGGUGUUGAGUAUCGGCAAACAUCCCAGUCUCAUGAAGGGAUCCCAAAAGCGCCAAGAGGCUGCGGUCAAAAGAAAACAAGAGAAAGACAUAAAAGCUGAAAAGCGCAGAAAAUCAGACGAAGUCGACCCAAUGGAUCCCUCCUCGUAUUCUGAUGCUCCAAGGGGUACAUGGACUACAGGUUUACUCAAGAAAGGUGAAGCUAAAACAGGAGUCGACACAACAGCUAAUGGACCUUUGUUUCAAAUGAGGCCGUACCCCAGUCCUGGGGCAGUACUAAGGCAAAAUCAACAACUGACACAGAGGUCUUCAGUGGAAACAAGUGAAUGAACCUUGGAACGUUUGUAAACCUCAGCUGAACUCUUUCCUCCCAAGAGUUCCGAAGUUUUUUAGUUGCCAGAAAAAAGAUCCUUUUGUGGAAAUUUUGAAAAAAAAACAGCUGCAGUACCACGUGAAAGUACUGCUUACCAGCUUUCAUUUGAAUAGUCAAGGUUUCAAUUGAAUGGUUUUAGCCACAGACUUAAAAGUUAGAACCACCUUGAACAGCAUAAUUAACAGUACCACAUGAAAGUACUGCUCAAUAGCU